AUGGCUGGUCGAGGGCUUCCCAUGAUUCAACCUCAAAUCAUCUUACUCAAAGAGGGCACGGAUGCUUCUCAAGGUCGAGGUCAACUUUUGUCAAAUAUAAAUGCUUGUUUGGCGGUAGUUGACACGGUAAGAACGACUCUAGGUCCCAGAGGCAUGGACAAAUUGAUCGUUGAUGAAAAAGGGGACGUCACUAUUUCAAACGAUGGCGCCACAAUCAUGAAGCUCCUCGAUAUAGUACAUCCCGCGGCCAAAACUCUCGUUGAUAUUGCUAGAUCGCAAGAUGCAGAAGUUGGAGAUGGGACAACGAGUGUAGUCUUACUCGCGGGUGAAUUGUUGAAAGAAGUCAAAGGAUAUAUUGAAGAAGGAGUGAGCCCUCAUGUUAUAAUCAAAGGUUAUCGGAAAGCUGCUCAAUUGGCCAUCAACAAGGUUAAGGAGAUUGCCGUCAAGAUUGAACGCGACAAUAAGGAAGAAUUCCGAAGUUUGCUCUUGAAAUGUGCUGGGACGGCAAUGUCCUCCAAAUUGAUUCAUUCACACAAAGAUUUCUUCUCCAAAAUGGUUGUUGAUGCAGUAUUGACUCUAGACCAAGAAGAAUUGAAUGAAAAGUUGAUUGGAAUCAAGAGAGUUCCUGGUGGCGCCAUGCAAGAUUCAAUUAUUGUUAACGGUGUCGCGUUCAAAAAAACCUUUUCUUACGCGGGGUUUGAGCAACAACCUAAAGCUUUCACCAAUCCUAAAAUUUUAUCGCUUAAUGUUGAACUGGAAUUAAAAGCAGAAAAAGAUAACGCAGAAGUUCGCAUCGAAGAUGUCUCCGAGUAUCAAGCCAUCGUCGAUGCAGAAUGGUCGAUUAUAUUUUCAAAGUUGGAAAAUAUUGUCAAGACAGGGGCCAAGGUAGUAUUAUCAAAGUUACCCAUUGGUGAUUUAGCCACUCAAUACUUCGCCGAUAGAGAUAUUUUUUGUGCUGGUCGAGUACCUGCCGAAGAUCUUAAUCGCGUAGUAAAGGCUGUUGGUGGAUCUAUUCAAUCCACAUGCUCCGAUAUUGAAGAAAAACAUUUGGGCACAUGCGAACAUUUUGAAGAAAAGCAAAUUGGAAAUGAGAGGUACAAUUUGUUUCAAGGUUGUUCGGCGGCAAAAACGUGUACACUUAUUUUAAGAGGAGGCGCUGAACAAUUCAUUGCUGAGGUCGAACGCAGUCUACAUGAUGCCAUAAUGAUAGUCAAAAGAGCCAUCAAGAACAAUUUGAUAGUCGCUGGAGGUGGAGCUACGGAGAUGGAACUUUCUAAAUAUCUUCGCGACCACUCUCGAACAAUCGUAGGAAAGCAACAAUUGAUUAUUGGCGCAUUUGCGCGCGCAUUAGAAAUUAUUCCUCGUCAACUGUGUGAUAAUGCCGGCUUCGAUGCGACAGAUAUUUUGAAUAAUCUAAGGAUGAAACAUGCUCACGGUGCCAUUUGGUAUGGUGUCGACAUUAACACGGAAUCUGUUGCCGAUAAUUAUGAAGCAUUCGUUUGGGAACCAGUAAUCGUGAAGGUUAAUUCUAUAGCUUCUGCCACAGAGGCCGCGUGUUUGAUAUUAAGUGUCGAUGAAACGGUGAAAAAUCCGCAAUCUGAGAAGCCACAAGCGGGCCCACCGAUGCCAAGAGGAGCAGCACAGAGGGCAUUUAGAGGUCGUGGUCGAGGCAUCCCUCGUCGAUGA